AUGGCUUCCAUGCCCUUUCGACCCGGUCCUGCCAGCGGCGUGCGCAGCGGCGUGCGCACGCCUGUCCGCCAGAACUCGGUGGACUCCCGAAAUGAAGUCCACGUAAUGAUGGACCACUACAUUGGAAUUGAUGUAGGCACCGGUAGUGCACGAGCAUGUAUCAUUAACCAGGCUGGUGACAUUGUUGGCCUGGCCUCGGAAAACAUUGGUCUGUGGCAGCCUCAGACAGGAUACUAUGAACAAUCUACAACCGACAUCUGGCGGUGCAUCUGUAUAUCCGUCCAGCGCGCCAUUACCCAGAACAAUAUAGAUCCUCAUUCGAUCCGCGGCAUUGGCUUUGAUGCUACCUGUUCUCUGGCAGUCUUCACCCAUGAUACCGACGAACCAGUGUCUGUGACAGGCCCAAGUUUCGAUGGAUCCGGGAACGAUCACAACGUCGUUCUGUGGCUGGACCAUCGGCCCGUGGAGGAGACGAAGAAGGUCAAUGACACAAAACACAAUCUGCUCCGCUAUGUCGGCGGUACGAUGAGCAUUGAAAUGGAAAUCCCAAAGGUGCUAUGGCUCAAGAACAACAUGCCGAAGGAGCUCUUUGAUCGCUGCAAAUUUUAUGAUCUAACGGAUGCCCUUGAACACUUGGCCACGGGCAAUGAAAAGAGGAGUUUCUGCUCGGUCGUCUGCAAGCAGGGCUACGUCCCCGUGGGUGUGGAUGGCAGCGUCAAAGGCUGGCAGGAGGACUUUCUCGCCGAGAUUGGACUCGAAGACCUCGCCGAGGACAAUUUCAAGCGCAUGGGCGGCGUCAACGGGGUGAAUGGCGAGUACCUGUCCGCCGGUGAAUUGGCAGGCUACCUCUGCGAGCGAGCGGCGGCGGAGCUCGGCCUGCCGCCUGGCAUUGCUGUGGGCAGUGGUGUGAUUGAUGCAUAUGCCGGUUGGAUUGGCACAGUAGGAGCCAAAGUGAAUCUGUCGGCGGACGAGCUUGACUCGUCCAUGGCCGCCAAUGACCAGUCUCAGGCUUUCACCCGUUUGGCCGCCGUGGCAGGUACAUCAACAUGUCAUCUGGUCAUGUCCAAGGACCCGGUCUUCGUCCCCGGAGUUUGGGGCCCUUACCGGGAUAGCAUUAUCCCUGGUUAUUGGAUGACUGAGGGAGGCCAGUCCGCGACCGGCGAGCUUUUGAAACACGUACUCGAAACUCACCCUGCGUACAACCAAGCCUUGUCCAUGUCACAGUCGAGUUCGAGCAACAUCUACGACUUUCUGAAUCAGCAUUUGGAGGAUAUGAAGUACAAGGCCAAUGCGCCCAGCAUCAGCCAUCUGGCGCGCCACUUCUUCUUCUAUGGCGACCUGUUCGGUAACCGUUCGCCGAUUGCCGACCCGACCAUGUCUGGCUCAGUCGUGGGGCUGUCGUCCGACAAGUCGCUUGAUGGCAUGGCGAUCUACUACUACGGCACCAUGGAGUUCAUUGCAUUGCAAACGCACCAGAUCAUCACGACGAUGAACAACGCCGGACACAAGAUCUCAUCCAUCUUCAUGUCCGGCUCGCAGUGCCAGAAUGAGAUUUUGAUGUCCCUGAUUGCCACUGCGUGCGACAUGCCGGUCCUGAUCCCGCGGUACGUUCACGCUGCCGUCUGUCAUGGCGCCGCCAUGUUGGGCGCCAAAGCCGCCAGCGCCGAUCCAUCCGGCAAGACCGAGGAUCUGUGGAGCAUCAUGGACCGCAUGAGCAAGCCGGGCAAGCUCGUCCGGCCGACAAAGAACAAAGCUGUCAAGGCACUUUUGGAUGUGAAGUACAAAGUCUUCCUCGAGCAGUGUGAACGGCAAAGGGUGUUUAGAAGGAUGGUCGACGAGGUCGUUGAUGCCUCCUCGUGA